AUGUCGCUUGAAUUGGAGGAAGCAUUCCGGCACAUACAUCAAGUGGACGUGGAUGUGGAUAGUGCCGUGUUGAUGGAAAAUGCUUGUGAACGAGUUUAUCAGGUGGGAGUAGAUGAGAGCGAUCUAUCUGAAGUUGAGGAGGAUGGCGACGAAGAGUCGAACACGGUCCGUUUAUCCACGAUGCGUCAGGAAGCCGUACGGGAAGCGAGGGAAAACGACGGGUCUGUCUGUGCCUGCACCCAACGGCCCAUCUCUCCUCCCCACUCAACUCACAUGGCAACACCUCACAACCCCUCUCCAACCCCAUUGCUUGCCGUAUACUCCCUUAUACAAGGGAAACACCCUUCCGCUCCUCCUCCCUCCGCGCCUCCUCCUUCCGCGGCUCCUUUUUCCACGCCUCCUCCUUCCACGCCCCCUCCUUCCGCGCCUCCUUCUUCAGCCUCCCCCCGUUCCGCAUCUCAUUCAGAGAACCAAGAUGCCUCCUCCAGGCCUGCAAAGAAGCAGAAGCUGCAGGAUCCUCGAAAUCGCCACCGUCGUGACAAGCGGGCACAACGACGUGCAGAAUCGGGCAUUCCUGCGGGCCUAAACCUGGCCCACAAGAAGCACGUCUUGUCGGCUCACGAGAUGACAAGUCGCUUGCAGAGCGCCACGUUACCAGCUGCUUCAGGCGGCUUUAUUGGAGUCGAAGCUGACUGGUACGGUGCCCAGGCGCGGAGAGAGUUGGAGCAGAUGAAGGAGCGGGGUUUUUGGCUAGUGGAAUGGCGAGCUGGAAAAGGUGUGCCUCUUGUUGACGCAGAGCAUCGUGUCAUGGUUUGCAUGCUUAAUGGGCCAGAUGAUCCAGGUUAUCAGCAAGCUGUUGAGGAGAUGACAGAAAGCAUCCUGAAGGCCUCCGAAGAGACCGACUAG